CUAGAAUAGUUUGGCUUGGAAGGGACCUUUAAGUGGUAUCUAGUCCAACCCUCCUGCAAUGAGCAGGGACAUCUUCAACUGGACUGGGAAUGAAAUCAGACACAACAGUGGCAACACAACCUCUGCUGGCUCCCUCUGACUCUGGACAGGAAAAUGAAGAGGAAGAAGUGGAGAAGGAACCUGUGGCUGUUGGAGAAGUAAUGCCUGAAGGAAUGAAAUCAAUCCUCAAGAGCUCUGCAAUGGCAGGUGCUGCUGCAGUACCACAACCUAAAGAAAUCUCCUUGCCCGACAUUGAAAUGCCAAGCACAAGCACUGGCAAAAGAGGCACUGGGAAAAAAUGCACGCAGAAAACAAGCACUGGGAAGAAAAGCUCUGGGAAAACCAGCACAGAGAGAAAAAGCUCAGACCAGCCACAACUGAUAUCCUCACUAACAAGUAUUUACCUCGCCGAUCUCAAGGGCAUUGUGAGUGAGGGGAACCCUACGAAGAAAUACACUUUACAGCAGAUAAUUGGCCAAGGGACUUUUGGAACAGUUUUCCGAGGAGUUGACAUUGCCACAGGAGGACAGGUGGCCAUCAAGAAGAUUUUUCUUGGAGACCAAAAGCAUCAAAGCGAAAAAGUUGUAAAUGAAGUUACGGUCCUGAAGAGAAUGAGGCACCCCAAUAUCAUUCGCUAUAUAGACAGCUACGUUUUCAAUGAAGAACUCUGGCUGGUGAUGGAAUAUGUGGAGGGAUGCACCUUAGCUGCUGUGGUUUCCAAACAAGCUCUUGAGGAAGAGAUGAUAGCCUCUAUCAGUCAGGAGUGCCUGAAAGCCCUGGACUUCCUUCAUUCAAAUCGAGUGAUCCACAGAGACAUCAAAAGUGACAAUAUACUUCUGGGAAUGGAUGGAUCUGUCAAAUUGAUUGGUUUUGGCUCCUGUGUUUGGCUCCUCCGUGCGCAGAGGAAACAGACAUCAGUUCACGGGACUCCUUUCUAUAUGGCACCAGAAAUGUUGAGAGGAGACAGAUAUGAUGCCAAAGUGGACAUCUGGGCCCUUGGGAUCACAGCACUAGAAAUGGUGGAUGGUUCUCCAGAGGCUCAGAACAAGCUACCUGAGCUGGAGACUCCCAGAGAACUGUCACCUGUAUUCCAUUCCUUCCUGCAUUCUUGCCUGAACCGGAAGGUGAAGUGUCGAUGGACGGCCAGGAAGCUGCUGAAGCAUCCAUUUUUAGAAAAAUCCGGUAGUCUCACCAACAUGAGUCCUCUGCUUGAGGCAGCCAGGAGAUCCCGUGCAGAGAGGUUCACAACACCAUCACCAGAACAUCUGCUGGCUCCGUCUCUUACUGGAGAAGAGAGUAAAGAAGAGCAAGUAGAGAAGGAAAAUGUCAAAGCAAUGCCUGAAGGAAUGAAAUCAAUCCUCAAGAGCUCUGCAAUGGCAGCUGUUGCUGCAGCACCACAAGCUGAAGAAGUCACCUUUGCCAACACUGAAAUGCCAAGCACAAGCACCGGGAAAGGUGACGCUCGGAAGAAAAGCAUUCCAAAGGAAAUCACGCACCGGCCGCCAACGCUGUCCCCACUAACACGACUUCUCCUUGCUGAACUCAAGGGCAUUGUGAGUGAGGGGAACCCUGCGAAGAAAUACACUUUACAGCAGCAAAUUGGCCAAGGGGCUUUUGGAACAGUUUUCCGAGGAGUUGACAUUGCCACAGGAGGACAGGUGGCCAUCAAGAAGAUUUUUCUUCGCGACAGAAAGAACAAAAGGGAGCUUGUUGUAACUGAGGUUUCACUCUUGAGUAGCAUGAGGCACCCCAAUAUCAUUCGCUAUAUAGACAGCUACGUUUUCAAUGAAGAACUCUGGCUGGUGAUGGAAUAUGUGGAGGGAUGCACCUUAGCUGCUGUGGUUUCCAUACAAGCUCUUGAGGAAGAGAUGAUAGCCUCUAUCAGUCGGGAGUGCCUGAAAGGACUGGACUUCCUUCAUUCAAUUCUAGUGAUUCACAGAGACAUCAAAAGUGACAAUAUACUUCUGGGAAUGGAUGGAUCUGUGAAAUUGAUUGAUUUUGGCUUCUGUGCUUGGCUUCAGCCCUGGCAGAAGAAACGGAGGUCUUUCAUUGGGACUCCUUUCUAUAUGGCACCAGAAAUGUUGAGAGGAGACAGAUAUGAUGCCAAAGUGGACAUCUGGGCCCUUGGGAUCACAGCACUAGAAAUGGUGGAUGGUUCUCCAGAGGUAAGGUGCAAAUACUGUCAGAGAGCCCUGCCUUUCUCCCCUGAGCCAUAUCUUUCUCCCACUCACAUCAGCUUGAACUAGUCCCACCAAGGCCCACGUCUAAAAGUGUCCUGGAGCACAUCUGCUCACAGGAGAAGCGACAUGUGCCAGUGCAGAAAUGGGCCGUUUUGGCCUCCCACAAUGCUUGAAUUCCUCCUGUGCUC